AUGGAUGAAGAACAAUUAAAAAAACCAUCCGUUGGCCAUGAAUGCAAGCGCAAGUGUGAAGUGGGGAGGCCAAUGGUAUGCGAGUAUAACUUUACAGUGGAGAACUACUUCACGCUUUCAAGGGCGUGCCACUCGUGUCCAUUUGAGGAGGCUGACUGUUUCCGGCCGCACUGCAUCUCAACCAAUGGCCUCAAAAAGAACGUCCUUGCCGUGAACCGAGAGAUCCCCGGGCCUGCAAUAGAGGUAUGCGUGGGCGACACGGUGCGGGUAUGGGUGCGCAAUCGGAUGGAGGACGGCAGCGCAACGUCGCUCCACUGGCACGGACUGCGCCAACGUAACUCCAACAUCAUGGACGGUGCCUCCCGUCUCACCCAGUGUGAUGUAGCGCCCGGACAUGACUUCCGGUACCGCAUUUCAUUUGAGUUUCUACAUGGGAAGUUCGAUCUUUUCUAG